UUUGCGGAGAUUUGCAGUGUCUGACAAAGGUGAUAAUAAUUGUCUGCUUGCUUAGGUUGGCAGAAUCAAGCAGAAACGUGGUUAUAAAGAUCAAUGGCCAUGGAAUAUUAAAAUAUACACGGAUGAGAAUGGGAACCAGAAAGGCGAUGCAGUUUUAUCUUAUGAAGAUCCUCAGGCUGCUCAUUCUGCAGGCGGUUUCUUUAACGAUCAUGUUAUGAGAGGCUCCACAAUCAGUGUUACUAUGGCGCAGAAGACUGCACCAAAGGUGUAUGAGCAUGGCAGUGGUGGGGGUAGAGGUGGCUAUGGAGGUGGUGGUGACAGGCGCCGCGAUGGUUAUAGAGAUGGAGGUUCUGGGCCUGACAGACAUCAUUAUGGUGGGAACCGUGCCCGUCCGUACUGAGGCUUUUGGCUCCAAGCAUUUUAUGUACUAAGAUUUUUGGUCAAUGGGUUUUAGUUAUGUUCCAUUGGCAGGUUGUUCUGAACAGGAGGAGACUAAGAGGUAGGUUGUUCACUUGUUUGGGCAAUACCCCUUUUUCUCCUUUCUCCUUCUCCUUCUCUAUGGUUGACUAGAGGGAUAUAUCAUUCUAGGCUUUGGAUUGAUUUAAUUGUGUGAAUCUUUUUAUAGAGGCAAGUGGAUUAACUCCAAAUUGCUUGCUGCUAAGGUAGGUUGAUAUUUUCAGGUGAGUGCUGCUCCUUAAUUAUGUGUUUCUCAUUUUGUUUGGAGAUUGACAUAUGGUACUGGGUUUGAGUUUGCUAGCAUUUCAGCAUUACACCAUGUGGUGGACCAAGCGAGCGAAUAAUGUGCAAUGCACGUCCUGAAUAUUAUGUCUAGCCUCAAUAUCAAUGUAUUUUGGCUUAGGAGAUAAUUAUAGUUUUAAGUGCUAAAUAUGAGAAAUCUGUCCUUUAAUUUUGCUAUAUCAGGCUGCGGGGCCUUAGUGUUGAUUGUGGAGUUCAUUAACUUGUUGAACGGUGAAAGGAUAAGAGUUUGGGCAGCUCAUCUCAUUAUAGUAUUUAGGUUUUGACCUGUUACAAUGGUAAUUCGUCUCUGAACCUAAAUGGAGAAGUGCUUAGAAAUUGCCUUUGUUCUGUUAUGCAUCGAGUUAGGGUGAGAUAACUGGUUAAAAUGAUUGUCAGAGAAGAGUUGUCCGGUUUGCCUGCUUGCUGAAUCUGCUUUCAGUUGUGGGGACACGAUAUGGUGAUUACUCGUUCUAUGGUCUGUUGAGAAAUGUGCUCUAACCAAACUUGAUCCUGUCAGUGAUGUAACGUUUUGGGCUGGUUUCGUUAGGCUUAGCAAUUAGCUUUUUUUAGUCGAUGCUUGUUUAUGUAUUUUUUUCCUCAAUGGAUUCUUGCAACCUUCUUUUUUUCGUUUUAUGCAUGUGGAUGUAUAUUCCCUCUUAAUAAUUAAUGGCAUAAGACUGG